CCUGCAGCGGGGUCUGUGCGUUUUGGAAGAUUGAAAUCAUGGCAGGUGCAGAAACUGAUGCCCAGUACCAAUUCACUGGUAUCAAAAAAUAUUUCAACUCUUACACUCUCACAGGGAGAAUGAAUUGUGUACUGGCCACAUACAGAGGUACUGCUUUGAUAGUUUUAUACUUUAAGUUAAGGUCUAAAAAAACUCCAGCUGUGAAAGCAACAUAA